AUGAGUAUCGACUUUCCCAAGGAAGAGGAGGCGGUCCUCAAACGCUGGAAGGAGAUUAAGGCAUUCGAAACACAGGUUCAACUUUCAGAAGGACGCCCUGAAUACACCUUUUACGAUGGCCCUCCUUUUGCCACCGGUCUGCCCCAUUAUGGCCAUCUUCUUGCUUCCACAAUCAAAGACAUUAUUCCACGUUAUUGGUCGAUGAAAGGCUACCACGUUGAGCGACGGUUCGGAUGGGAUACACACGGGCUUCCCAUUGAACACGAGAUUGACAAAAAGCUUGGAAUAUCUGGGAAAGAUGCAGUGAUGAAACUUGGGUUAGCAAAGUACAAUGAGGAGUGUAGAGCAGUCGUUAUGAGAUACUCGAGCGAAUGGCGGGUAACUAUUGAUCGAUUAGGACGUUGGAUUGAUUUCGACAAUGACUACAAAACCAUGGACCCUCAGUUUAUGGAGUCUGUGUGGUGGGUAUUUAAGCAAGUAUUUGAUAAGGACGCCGUAUACCAGGGCUACAAGGUUAUGCCUUUCUCGACCGCCUUGACAACUGCGCUCAGUAAUUUCGAAGCAAAUCAGAACUACCAAGACGUUACCGAUCCAGCAGUAGUAGUCACAUUUCCUUUACUCGACGACCCAUCAACGUGCUUGUUGGCUUGGACGACCACACCUUGGACGCUGCCUUCUCAUACCGGUCUAGCUGCUCAUCCUGAUUUUGAAUAUAUUAAGAUCCACGACGAAGCUUCUGGGAAGAAUUAUAUCCUUCUGGAGAAACUCUUAGGGACUCUAUACAAGGACCCGAAGAAGGCUAAAUUCAAGAUUAUCCAAAAGCUCAAGGGAACCGAUAUGCUUGGGUGGAAGUAUGAGCCGCUGUUUGAUUACUUCUAUGAGGAUUUUAAGGAUUACGGAUUCAGAGUGUUCAAUGCCACUUACGUUACUGACGACAGUGGUGUUGGAAUCGUCCACCAAUCGCCAGCUUUUGGUGAGGAGGAUUACAAUAUUGCGAUCGAGAAUGGUGUUAUCACCGAGAUGCGUCCACCACCUAACCCCGUUGACGAGAAGGGAUGUUUCACUGAGAGAGUUCGUGACUUUGUUGGCCAGCAUGUCAAAGCAGCUGACAAGGCCAUUAUCAAGUACUUGAAGGGCACUGGAAGGUUGAUAGUUGAUUCUCAAAUCAAGCAUAGUUAUCCUAUGUGCCCUCGUUCUGACACGCCGCUCAUUUACCGAGCUGUUCCAUCGUGGUUUAUCAGAAUCCCAGAGAUCAUUCCACAAAUGCUCAAGAACAUUGAAGGCUCGCAUUGGGUGCCAUCCUUUGUCAAGGAGAAACGUUUUGCAAGUUGGAUAGGCAGCGCCAGAGAUUGGAAUGUGUCGCGAAACAGAUAUUGGGGUACUCCUAUUCCAAUUUGGGUCAGUGACGACUUUGAGGAAAAGGUCUGCGUCGGCAGCGUUGCGGAGCUCAAGGAGCUUAGCGGUUAUGCCGGCGAUCUGACAGAUCUACAUCGAGACAAAAUCGACCACAUCACUAUUCCAAGUAAGCAGGGCAAAGGACAACUGAAGCGUAUUGAGGAGGUUUUUGAUUGUUGGUUUGAGUCUGGCAGCAUGCCCUAUGCAAGUCAACACUAUCCGUUCGAGAACAAGGAGAAGUUUGAAAAAUCUUUCCCUGGAGAUUUCAUCGCUGAGGGUUUGGACCAAACCCGUGGAUGGUUUUACACUUUACUUGUUCUGGGCACCCACCUUUUUGGUGUAUCUCCAUUCAAAAACUGCGUAGUAAACGGUAUUGUCUUAGCUGAAGAUGGAAAGAAGAUGUCGAAACGGCUCAAGAACUAUCCGGAUCCUAGCAUUGUUAUGGAGAAGUAUGGCUCCGACGCAUUACGCUUGUAUCUGAUCAACUCCCCUGUGGUACGAGCUGAGCCUUUGCGAUUCAAGGAAGCUGGUGUGAAGGAAGUUGUUGCCAAAGUUCUUUUGCCAUUGUGGAAUAGUUUCAAGUUCUUUGAAGGGCAGGUGGCCUUGUUGAAAAAAAUCGAGAAUGUGGAGUAUUGCUUUGAUCCAAAGGCAGAAUCCACAAACACGAAUGUUAUGGACAAAUGGAUCUUGGCCAGUUGUCAGAGCUUGCUGAAGUUUGUCAAUGAAGAAAUGGCAGCUUAUCGUCUUUAUACCGUUGUGCCCCGACUCCUAGAUCUCAUUGACAACACGACGAAUUGGUAUAUUCGUUUCAACAGAAAGCGUCUAAAGGGCGAACUCGGCCUCGAUGAUACCAAGCAUGCUCUCAACACUUUGUUCGAGGUUCUUUUCACCCUAGUCAAGGGUCUCGCUCCUUUCACGCCAUUCCUGACAGACACAAUCUAUCAGAAGUUACUACCACAUAUUCCAAAGGAUCUUCAGGGGCAGGAUCCUAGAAGUGUACAUUUCCUUUCCUUCCCGGAUGUGAGAGAAGAGCUGUUCAAUGUCGAGAUCGAACGUCGCGUGGGCCGUAUGCAGCGAGUUAUUGAACUGGCAAGAGUGUCUAGAGAGCGUAGAACUGUCGGUCUCAAGACGCCUUUGAAGACCUUGAUUGUUAUCCAUGCCGACCCUGUUUAUUUGGAGGACAUCAAGUCUUUGGAAGGUUAUAUCACGGAGGAGCUCAACAUCGUCAACUUAGUUCUUUCUUCUGAUGAGGCGAAAUACAAUGUCCAAUACAGCGUCAAUGCCGACUGGCCUGUUCUCGGAAAGAAACUCAAGAAGGAGGUACAAAAGGUCAAGAAGGCUCUGCCAGCAUUGACAAGUGACCAGGUGCACGACUACGUGUUGACCAAGAGUAUUGACGUGGCGGGCAUCAAAUUGGUCGAAGGCGACCUGGUUGUGAAACGCGGUCUGAAAGACGACGACUCAUCGAAGAAUUUGGAAACAAACACAGAUGAGGAUGUUCUUACUAUUCUUGAUGCAGAGGUUUAUCCAGAGCUUGCAGAGGAAGCCGUUGCAAGAGAAAUCAUCAACCGGGUUCAACGACUGCGAAAGAAAGCUGGUCUCCAGCCUACGGAUGAUAUCAAGAUGGAGUACAAGGUCUUGUCGGAUCCGGAUAAUAUCGGGCUUGACAAGGCUUUUGUUGAGCAGACUAAGACCAUCGAAAAGGCAUUGCGCAGGCCAAUCGACAAGCACACAAUCACUGAAUUGGACGGAAAGAUCCCUGAUACGAAAGAAGAUGGCAUCAUUUUGGAAGAAGAACAGGAGAUUCAGAAUGCGGUGUUUUUGCUAAGAUUGUUGAAGCUAUGA